GUGCCAAAGGCCUGUGCAGACUCAGAUCUUCACCCACAUCCACUCUUCCUGUGACAUGCACCACCAAGGAAUUUGAAUGACUAAUUUAUGAGGUCUGUUCCUUAACUAUCCGAUACUCUCAGCAGUGCAUGAUCCUGUUAGUCCACACUGCAGUUCCACGUGCUUCACGCUGUCCACCAUGCCAACCUUACCUGAAGACAAGGGACAAUCAAAAGAGGCACAACACAACAGUUCUCCUCCAGCCAAAGACACUACUGUUGGAGGGACAACAUGCAGCACACCUUCUAUUGUUCUUCCAGAGAAUGCUGUUACAGCAGAUGUGGGAAUCGAUACAAAUCUGAUUAACAGGCCUCGUAGUCCUCAUAGAAGACAUUCUAACCGUACCACUAGGAGUCCAACAAGGUCAUUGACUUCUGUUGACAACAGUGGUCAUGUGAUUGACCUGGUAAAUGAUCAGCUACCAGAUGUCAAAAUAUCAGAGGAAGAGAAAAAGAAGAAUCUUGAGUUACUAGAAGAAGCAAAGAAAGUGAGCGAGAGGUUUCUGAUGCGCAGAGGAAGGAAGUCAAGAAGCAGCCUUCCAGAGUCACCCACAGCAGUUUCCCCUACACUUAGCCCUAAAGUUUCACCAGUAGCAUCUCGGAGCAACUCUCUCACUCUUCCAAUCCCAUCAGGGUCUGAGGCAUGCACAACUGCUAACAUUGAGUCAGUGUCUCCAGGGCAGAGUAACAGAACUGUGAAAGAGGAUGAAAGGCAAACUGCAGAGAAUGCUGCAAAAGGAUUAAUUGAUCGAAGACAGAAUGAUCAAAGAAAGAUUUCUCAGGGAAGGUUGGUUCCUCGCUCUGCUGGUUUUGAAAACUCCAAAGAGAAGCUAUCAGAACAGAAAGAAAAUUUUGAUCCUCGUAAAUACAUGGAUACAUUACCUAAAUGCUCCCCUUCAGGUGGUGAUGGUGGCAGAAUGUCUCUUAACACUUGCAUGAAUGCUUGUGAAAAUGAACUUGGAAAAUCAUUCCUCAAGAAAGUAAAGGAAAAUGAUGUUCCUUUAAGAUCCCAUCUACCAGGACCAGGCAUAGGAAGUAUAGACUCAAAUCUAAAAAUUCCUGUUCCAGAAAUAAGGGACCAUAAAGUUUCAUGUAAACCAGAAUUUAAACUGUGUGGAUUGAGACCUCCUCUGCUAAGGGCUGUAUCAUGGGAUAGCUUGGAGCCUGGACAGAAAGAUAAAACACCUUUAAAAUUAACAUCUGAGGAAGAUAAAAGCUUUGUUGUUGGUAAUAAAUCUGGCAAUCAGUUAAAAGCAUUCAAAGACCUUCAGAUCCAAGUUCAACCAGUUCGAAUGCAGAAACUGACAAAGCUCAGAGAGGAGCAUAUUUUGAUGAGAAAUCAAAAUUUGGUUGGACUUAAACUUCCUGAACUUAGUGAAGCAGCUGAACAGGAAAAAGGUCCUUCACCGCUCCCUUCCCCCACUGAAGAGGAAGAAUCAAAGCCUAGCUCUGAUGUCAUGCCCAGCAUUCCUGAUGUAUUGCUGCGAAAGCUGCGAGUGCACAAAUCGCUUCCAGGGAGCUCCCCUCCACUUACUGAAAAAGAAGUCGAGAAUGUAUUUGUACAACUUUCCUUGGCCUUUAGAAAUGAUAGUUAUACCUUGGAAUCUAGAAUUAAGCAAGCAGAGAGAGAGAGAAAUAUUACUGAAGAGAAUGCUGAGAAGGAACUGGAAAACUUUAAAGCAGCCAUUACGUCUUCGGCUCAUUUAUGGCAUCACUAUGAGCACAGGGAAGCUUACCAGAAGCUAUUGGAGGAUAUUGCUGUUCUGCGGCGUUUAGCUGCUAGGCUCUCUAGUCGUGCUGAGAUGGUUGGAGCUGUUCGCCAGGAGAAGCGUAUGUCAAAGGCAACAGAAGUAAUGAUGCAGUACGUGGAAAACCUGAAAAGAACAUAUGAAAAGGAUCAUGCUGAACUAAUGGAGUUCAAGAAACUUGCCAAUCAGAAUUCUAGCAGGAGCUAUGGUGCAUCUGAAGAUGGAGUACCUCGUUCAUCUAGAUCCAUGUCUCUUACUGUUGGAAAGAAUAUGCCUCGGAGGAGAGUCAGUGUUGCUGUUGUUCCUAAAUUUAAUUCCUUAAACAUUCCUGGUCAGUCACCAACAGCUUCACCUAUACCUUCAAUGCCAUCCCUGUCUGAAUCACCUGGUAACGGAAGGAGCAAUCUAACAUCUACUCCUGUUCUGCCAGCACUUUUAGAAAAUGGAAAGACUAAUGGAGAAUCUGACUGUGAAACCUCUACUUCUGUGCUAACACAGAGUGGAUUGGAAGAGAUAAAUCCUGAAACUAAAGCCAAGAUAGAAGAGGAAGCAUAUAACAAAGGCUAUCAGGAAGGCUUGAAGAAAACCAAAGAACUUCAGGAACUGAAGGAAGAAGAUGAAGAGACACCAAAGGAAAGUCCUGAUGAACAUGAAGAAAGUGAUAAUGAACAUGAGAUAAAAAACCUGAAAAGCAGCAGACUUGAAGUCAUCAUUAAUUAUUUACAUAUACUGUACCCCAAACUGUAUAAACACUGGAAUGUGGUAUGGCUUGUGGUGGCUGCAAUAAUCAUUUUUGCUAUGGUGUUGGGAAUCUACCAUUCAUACAACUCCUGUGAUGAAAAAUCAGAAGGACCUGAAGGGAAGGCCAGCUGUUCUGCAGCCCAUCAAAAUUCCUGGUGGAAUUCAGGAUUUCAACAUGAGCAACAUGCUGAAUAAUAAAAGGAGCAACCAUGUAUUUAUGGUACCUGAGCAAUUAUAUGCUCAAUUCUAACCACAAUACCAACAUCAGUGUGAUACUUGAUUGCACUUGUGUCUUGCAUUCUUCUGGCACUUCUGAGUGACUAACAGGUCUGUUCACCAUCUGAGGGCUAAGUAUGUUAUGAAGUACUGUAAUUUCAGUUCAGAUGCUGUUAGUAUUCUCUUCUUUUGGUGUAAACACUGAACCUCAAGCUAACUAUGAAAGAAAAGAAGUUUCUAACUCGGUCAGAAAUUUAAUUCACAUUUCUGGCACUAGUAGCAGAUAUACUGCUGGUGAAUUUUGUUUGUUACCUCUUUAAACACAUGUUUCUUAAGAGAUAUUUAUAUAAUGGAAAAAGAAAAUAAAAAGCUGACCACUACCACUUAGUGGUAGGUCUAUAAGCAGUUGUGAGAUUUGUUCUUAAUUUGAAGUAUAUAUUGUUGAGGAAUAGUGUGCUUAAGGAAGUUCAAAAAGGAUAGUAGGGAAGUGUCAUUUGGUCUAAAAUUGUAAUUGGUAAAGUAUAAGACAGCAGAAGGUUUCUUGCAAAUUACUUGGUAUGUGUAUGGUUCAGUUAGAAUAUCUGACUAUGGAGAACUAGGGGGACAUUUUAUGUACUUACAGGGUUGAAGAAGCUUGUCAGUUUUCUUUGAAUACUUUAUUAAAAUCAGCUUCUAUGAUUUAAUAUUCUUUACAAAUAAUGCUGGUAACUUCAUAAGGCCAUAAAAAUCAAAAGGAAAUAGGCCUAAAAUUCAGAAUUCUCUGUGCCAAAAAUUAUAGCACGUAUUUGAUUAUGUGAUUGUGGAAAUGUUGAGCUGCAGUGAGAAAAGUGAUUAACAGUGCUUAUAAUCUAAUUAAAUUGCUCUAGAGUCUGCACCUAUGUGGGUUCAACACUUUAAGUAUGUAUAGAAGGUUAUUGAUAUGAACAGAAUCCUUGAUCUCCUUAAUGUUACUCAUGUGCUAAGUUUUGGGGUUUUUUGGUCAGUGAGUGAACAAGGACUCCAUCCUCUCUUGAAAUUCAGCACACUGACUUUUUGUGAACUUAGUGCACAAGAGUGAAUUUCCACAAACAGUUGCACUGAUUUGAACUGAACUACUUGCACAUCUAAGACAAGUACUAUUUAGCCAUAAAGUUAUUAAUUGUUGUGAAGAAUUAACUGAAACAGGCAAAACAUUUUAACAGGGAUGGAAAGAUGAAGAGAAAGUUUAUUUUUAAAAGAAUUGUUGUUCUUUUUAUAACUACUUUGAGCAAACUGUUCACUAAAAAUAAUGAACCACAAUGACUAACAGCACAUUAAAUAUUUCUGCUUAUAUUUUUCAGUUAGUUGAUGAAGACACCUUUUUUAAUAGGACACUAGACUGAGCUCAGAAACUACUCUAAAUGUAAUUGUAUCUGUUGGAUGUUAGUUUGCUUUG